GCCCAGUCCAAAGUCCAAACAAGCCGAGAUUUUCGAAACGCAACAAGCCCGCUCCGGCGGCGACGCAAACCGGCGGCGCGGCGCGGCGCUGAGCCUGCCUGCCGCUACGAGGGAAGCGGCCGAGCCAUGCCUGCGGCCCCCGCCCCCGCCGCCAGGCUGAAGCGGGAGGACUGCCCCCGAACCAAGCAUGACUCGCUCUUCUCCCCAUGGAAGGUCCUCGUCGGCCCGUCAGACUGGGAGGACCACGCCGCUGGGAAGGAGGGAGUCCAGAGAUACCACACGCUCAACCUCCCGGACAACUUCCCUGGUCUCUACGAGCUGGGCGUCGCUAGACCUUCCUCUGAAGGUGUUAGGGCUCGCAGGAAUUUAUUGGGUGGCGUCGUCGUGAUGUACCUCGGGCAGGCCGAUAACGUCAGGGCGAGGCUCCAGCAGUACGGACGAACAGGGUCGCACCUGGACACUGGAAACCCUUCGGUGUCUGUUUGUAAAGCUGAGAUGAACAUGCUUGAGGCGGGGCCUGGAUUGUUCAGAGAAGUGUUCUCCAGAGGUUACUCCGUGGUGUUUCGAUGUGCGCUGAUGGGUAACAAAAAGGAAGCCGAGAAGACUGAAGGACAGCUGCUGAGAGUAUUUGAUUAUGCAUGGAAUAAGCUUCAGAAUGGUGCUUGUCGCCGCGAAGAAAUACUGCUCAAGUUAGAAGUGGGAAGCCAUAGAGCAUCACUUCUGUGCAGAGUACGGCAGUUGAAACAGAAAAUGUUUGGAGAGAAGGCAGGUAUAAAGAUUAGUAGCAGUGCAUCAGUUGACAUGUCAUCUGACACUAUGAAACAUAUGCUGCCAAGAAUUUGUACAUUUGUUGGCUUCAGACCUCGGAUAGUUAACUCUGGCGAUGAUUCAGGCAACAUGAUUGCCAUUCACCCGAAACGCACAUCUGAGUCUAACACUACUGGUAAUAAACAAGCACAUAGAAGGUCUGAAGGAUACAAGGUUAAAAAGAUCAAUGUUAUAAAACGAAGAACUGCGCCGGUACAAGAAUCCAAUUCUGUUUGUGGAGUAGUGCUAGAAGAUGGUUCUUCUUGUUUGGAGAAUCCGGUGGAAGGUAGGAAGAGGUGUGAGUUACACAAAGGUAGAAGAGUCACAGUCAUAGGCAGUCCUAAAGCGGAAUCCUCUUCUAGCUACAGAUGCCAAGUUGGUAUUCCAACUGUUGAAUCUGUACCUCGACUAUCUGAAAACCGAAGCAAGUCAGGCCAAGCAUGGCAUACCAGUGUAGACAAGUCCAAAAAUAUGUUCCUAAAUGCAAAGGAAUCUUCACGGCGAAUGGACAUCUCUGAAGCAAAAGAGGUGAAAACUGGAGAAGCUCUUGUAGAAGAUGUAACAUCUGGAACCUCUGAUCCUGAAUCUCAGUUCAAGGAGGAUCAGCCUUCUGGAAGAAUGUGGUUUGAGCUGCUCAAAGCACAGAAGUUAGCCAGCAGAUCACGAGGCCAAGGAUCUCGAGCAAGAGUAGCUGACGACAUGGCAGCCGAGUGUGGAAUAGUGACUGAUAAUGGGUGCUGCAGAUUGGUACCAGUGGCAGGAAGUAAUAGAUGCAAGGAGCACGAAGGAAUUCAGGCCACUGGUGCUCCAUCUGUCCCAUCUCCAGGAAGCUCAGGAUGGCCAUCCAUUUGUGGUGCUCGAGCAUCAGAUGGCUCACCUUGUAAGAACCAGCCAAGUGCAGGGAGGAAGAGAUGUGCACUGCAUAAAGGUCAAAGAGCAGCAUCUACACCAUUGAUCGGAUAGACAUUGUUUAAUUGAUCCAGUUGUGUGUUGUAAUAGCAUUUCAGUUACAAUUUUGAAAACCAAUGAUUUUUCAAUGUUAGUACAAAACUUUGUUGAUGAUAGAAAGAAAGUGUAACUGUAUUGAUGGAUUUUUGGAGAAUUGUGGAUUGGGUCUUUGAUGACCAUAUGUAAACUGAAAAUUUAUGCA